AUGGAUUUUCUCAAAUCCGCCGUCGCGUCUGCAAUCGCCAAGGGCAGUUCGUUUCCAUAUUCGCUUGGCGACAGAGUCGAUAUUGGCGAUUCGAUCUGGGCCCUCCAUAAUGCGACGAAACGGGAGGAUGGCUCGCCAUGCAGUAUCUUCACCUUCGAUAUCGCUUCAAAUAAGUCCCGGCUGCCGUUAGCGAAGAACGCGAUGCGGAAGUCGAGAACAUUGAGACACCCCGGUAUUAUUAGAGUGAUAGACACAAUUGAGACGGAGACUAGUAUCUAUAUCGUGACCGAGCGGGUUGUCCCUCUAUCCUGGUAUGUGAAACGGAGGAGUCUGAGCGAAGAGACGACAAAAUGGGGAUUACAUACUGUGUCGUCCACGAUCAAAUUUAUCAACGAAGACGCUUCGUCAGUUCACGGCGCCAUCAGGGCCGCGUCGGUAUUCGCAAGCGAAAGCGGAGAAUGGAAACUAGGAGGAUUUGAAAUCCUUAGUUCAAUGAGUGAUGAGGAUGCGAUUAUCUAUACAUAUGGCAGUAUCGUCCCCGAUGCGGCUCGUUAUACGCCCCCGGAAGUUUUUAAAGGUGGCUGGGAUGUUAUCAAGCGUCAUCCGUUAGCCGCUGUUGAUUCCUAUGGACUCGGUAUUCUGGCGUUCGAGGUCUUUAAUGGCGGUUUUUCGGGAGGGGACCAAAUUGGCAAGACGACGAAUAUUCCACCUAGCAUGCAGCAGAGCUACAAGCGUCUUUGCGCCGCUAAUCCGAAAAUCCGUCUGAGCCCGGCACACUUCGUCGAGCAAGGCAAGAAGAGCGGAGGGUUCUUUCAGACACCUCUGAUCCGGUUAACAGAUGAUAUUGAGUCUCUGGGUCUUAAGAAUGACGCCGAGCGGGAGGAAUUUAUCAACGAAUUGGAUGAGCUCUCGGAAGACUUCCCAGAAGAGUUCUUCAAGAUGAAAGUACUGCCGGAGUUGCUGAAAUCGGUCGAGUUUGGCGGUGGUGGUCCCAAAGUCCUUGGGGCUAUUCUGAAAAUUGGAUCAAAACUAUCACCAGAAGAAUUCAAUUCCAAAUUGACGCCAGCCAUUGUCCGGUUGUUUGGAAACCCUGAUCGAGCUCUCCGGGUCUGUCUGCUGGACCAUCUACCUUUGAUGAUUGAAAACCUCCCCCAGAAGGUUGUCAAUGACAGGAUCUUCCCUCCAAUGACUUCUGGUUUCACGGAUGUCGCGCCUGUUGUCCGAGAACAGACCGUCAAGGCUGUGCUGACGGUAAUAAACAAGCUGAGUGACCGUACGAUCAAUGGAGACUUGCUCAAGUUCCUGGCGCGAACGGCCAACGAUGAACAACCUGGGAUUCGGACAAAUACUACCAUUUGUCUGGGGAAAAUCGCCAAGAACCUGGGUCAGGGUUCGAGAUCGAAAGUCCUCAUCGCGGCAUUUUCAAGAGCCAUCCGGGAUCCUUUUGUUCAUGGUCGAAAUGCCGGUCUGAUGGCAUUGGGCGCAACAAUGGAUUACUUUACGGAGGAAGACUGUGCGACUAAAAUUUUACCUGCUGUCUGCUCUGUACUUCUUGACAAGGAACAGAUGAUACGAGAACAAGCAAACAAGACCGUCGACCUAUAUCUCCAACGCAUCAGGAAAUUUACCAGCACAAUGCCCGACACGGCAUUACCAUCGGCCGAUCAGGAAGAAAGCACCAAGAAUGCAGCUCGUAUCGGGACAUCGAAUGACAACUCGUGGGCUGGAUGGGCAAUUUCAUCGUUCACCAAUAAGAUCACGACAGCCAACGGUGAGAUUGAAUCAACUGCCAAUGGUAAGCCUGCGGAGUCGGACAUUGCCCAUUCUGCAGCUGUACCCCGUUCAACCACGUCGACCCCCGCGGUGGAGCCGAAGUCAGCCAACAUGAUGCUGCGUCCUGCAGCCCAACUUAACCGUUCCGUAUCAGAGCAACCAACGCCUGUCUCUAAACUUGAGGAGCACGGAAAAGCGGACGACGAUGUCUUUGAGGCGUGGGGCGCCAUGGACGAUGAUGACGAAGAAGAACAUCCAUCGAAAGAUGACGAUCCUUUCAGCCCUGUGGCCCAACCCAAGCCUUCGCCUAGACUGACAACAUCGCCCAAACCACCCGCUGUUCCGUAUGAUGACGGCGGAGAGCCCGAUUUUGCCGGGUGGCUGGCUGCGCAGUCCAAGGCCAAAUCGAAGAAGCCAUUGCCAAAGGGAUUGGGCAAAACAGCGACCACUUCAGCAGCCUCUCGCACUACUAAUACUCCGGCAGUCAAGCCGAAGACAGUUGUCGCAUCAGCCAAGAAGAUUGAUACGGCGCCUAAGGACGAGGAUGAGGACGAUGGAUGGGGGGAUGCGUGGGAUUGA